UUUCCAUGGAAACCAGACGCCUUGCUUUCUCAAGCGGCUGAAAGACGCAAACGAAGUCCAGACGACGCGGCUGUCCAGCAGGACUCAGAGGCUCAGCAGUGAUGUCACUUCCUCAGGAAGCAGAACAUGUAAGGUCAUGCAGCAACCCUGGAAACCCGGUUUUCUCCUGCAUCAUCAGCUCGAAGGUGAAGGAAGGGUCCCUGGGGAAGAUCCAUCCCCAGAGCGUCCUGUACAGAACCACGUCAGGCGACUACGGCCGGCUUCCUCCCAGCUUUGAGAGCGCCCCCUGCAGCUACCACCCCAAGACCCAGAGCUUCACCCGCCGGAUGCGGCUGGGAGGAAUGUUUCACGGCUGCUCCAUGAACACGGCACUCGAUAAAACCCAGACCUGUCUGCCAAACACCAUCUGAGCAUGCUCAGAUGACCAGCCUUCAGGCCACAGCGGCAGCUCCUCUUCCUCACUGACAAUAACUUCAGACAGUAGCGACUGCUUUGUUGGUGUGACAACAUUUGAUAUGUAAUUCCUGAGUUAGAUAUGUAUUAUAUCAUUAAAGUGAAACCAGCUUG